AGCUGUAGACAAUUAACCUCAUUAAUUGGGGACACGUAUUUAGUGGAGGAAUCGGUUGCCUGAAACGCUGCUUAUUCUUCCAGUCACAGACAGUAACAAACGAUAGUUAGCAUGGCUCAACAUAACGAUCCACAAACGGACGCCGCACAGAGUUACUUAGAUACGGAAACGGAUAAGAUCUACAUAAGUGCAUUUCAACGCAGACAGCCGUUAACGUUCUCGCCUAACCGCCAGUACGUUUUGGCCGUCGUCUCCCCUCUGCAAAAACAGGACAGCUGUGAAACUGUCUUGGCAGAUGACAGAUCUUCUCGAGCAUCUUCACCUACUCAUGCAAAUAACAGAAGAGCCCUCCGAUAUCAUUACAGCCCAGAACACUGGACAGUGACCAGUUUUGAGCCUUUCUCUUUUGACGAGCGUGAUGCUGCACGGAGAGUUGAGCGUGAGAGAAGACUGCAGGAGAUGCGCCAGAUGCAAGAACAGCAAUGGUGUUCAAGAUUUAGAGCACAUCCAAUAAGAAGAUACAAGCCACUUGUUCAACUCUGUGGAUCAUCUCAGACCCAUUCACAACAGUCAAAAUAACGUCUAAAAGAAAUUUAAGAUUUGUCUUGUCGUUUUUAAGUGUUUUAAUAAAAAAUAAAUAAACU